AUGAAUUCGAUUCUUCAUUCUUCAAAGAAGGUCUUUGGGCCCUCUUUCAUCCAAUUAAACUCCCGGCGGGUGCAAUUUCCUCUCUCAUCUAGAGGCAGAAAUGUUUCAACCACGACUGGUGAGCCCGUUGAAUAUAGCGGGUACCCUAAGCGAAUUUGGGUGAUCGUGGGUACGGGGGCUGGCUUAAUGUAUUAUCUCUGGCAUCGCGGCAAUGCGAGUGCCCAAGCCGCAGCCGGAGAAGAAACACAAAACCACCAUGGGCCCAAUAAGGAAAAGGUCAAGUCGCCAGGGGACAGCGUGCAGAAAAUGGAGCGCGCAUAA